CAUCAUAAUCACAUACAACCACAUCUUCAACUCCAAUCACUUCACCCACCGCCACCAACUACGUUUUAUCCCCCCAGUCAACCGCACGCCAUGGGUUCUCUGUUCCAGUCUAUUGCCCCUGGAUCGGAGGAGGGGAUGAAGGCGUACGUGGGCCCGUCCCUGUUCCAGCCGCACCGUGCUCGCCAGGCCAUCCGGGAUGCGCACGAGAAGAAGAUCCCUCCCCUCAUCGGCUACUAUGCCGGUCUCAGCUCCGUUCCCAUCACGCGGUUCGUAGCCCCCAUGGGCUUCGAUGUCAUGUGGAUCGACUGGGAGCACACGUCCUGCGGUGUCGAGACAAUGACCACGAUGGUCCAUGAGGCGAUGUUCAUGAGCGGCGGCCGCACCAUUCCCUUCGUCAGAGUCCCCGGUCAUGACCACGCCGCCAUCGGCUUCGCCCUGGAUGCGGGCGCGAGCAUCGUCGUCCCGCAGCUCGAAACAGUCGAGCAGGCCAAGCACGUCGUAUCGGCGGCCAAGUUCGGCACGCGCCAGAACGGCACCCGUUCCGCGCCCCCGUUCCGCAUGGUGCCGGGCCUGACGGACAUGGCGGCCGACGGCAAGCGCGACGUGUGGCAGAACCUCAACGACCAGGCGGCCAUCAUGGUGCAGAUCGAGUCGCUCGAGGGCAUCAACAACCUGGAUGCCAUCCUGACCGAGGUGCCGGACAUCGACGUGGUGUGGCUCGGUGGCCUCGACUGCCGCAUCAGCAUGAACCUGCCCGCCAACUUUGGCCAGGGGGACGAGCCCGAGUGGCUGGCCGCCGUGGAGAAGUUCAACAGCACCCUGAAGAAGCACAACAAGCCCCGCGCCGGCUUCUGCCUCGGCGGCGGCGACGAGCUGGUCAAGAUGGGACAGGACAACGUGCUGCUUUUGCAUGCGGCCGAUGUGAUGAAGUUGAUGGAGCUGGGACCUCAGCUUCUUGCCGCGAGGCAGGCCGUUGCCCAUAGGAAGUGAUGGCUGGUGGGGAGGAAAGGGUUCUUGUAUUACUACGAGUUGAAUAAAUCAUAGACUUGGGUGCAAUAAUGGAAACGUUAUUCCUUAC